CUCACAACACACACUUGCUCCCUACAUUUCUUCACACAGGGUAGUCACGAUGAAGUGAAAAAUGCCUGGAAACAUCAUUGUACAGUGAAGCUAUGAAUUAGAAUGAACCGCUGGAUUAUAUUGCUGGCUAUUGUAGUCAACACAGAGGAAACACGAAAACAGGACGUCUGUUCCCAAGGACAUCCUGGAGUCCCUGGGAACCCUGGACACAAUGGUGUACCCGGACGUGAUGGGCGAGAUGGAUCAAAGGGAGACAAAGGAGAUACAGGUGAAGUAGGACUUCCCGGGUUCCCAGGGAAGGAUGGCGCAAAUGGAGAAAAAGGAGCACAAGGAAUUGAUGGCAGAGUUGAAGAGAAGGGGAACAAAGGAGAUAAAGGAGAGAGAGGACGACCUGGAAAACUGGGACCAAAGGGAAUUGUAGGGCCUGUGGGUGACAAAGGUCAAAAAGGAGAAAUAGGGCUGCAAGGACAAAAGGGGAUAAAAGGUGAUAUUGGUCCCGUGGGUCCAAAAGGGAUGAAGGGUGAAAUUGGGAAUCCAGGUGAAAUUGGUCUGCCAGGCCCUGUUGGUCCUAUUGGUAAUCCAGGUCCUGAAGGUAGUGUUGGAGGUCCAGGACCAAAGGGAAAUCCAGGAGUUCUGGGGGAAAAGGGCUGGAAAGGUGAUAGAGGAGAUAAAGGAAACACAGGUGACACCCCAGUGAUACCAAGAAGUGCUUUCAGUGUAGGUCUUACAGCUGAAACUAAGUUUCCUCCGGCCAAUCGUCCAAUCAAGUUUGAUAAAGUGUUGUAUAAUGGUCUAAACCAUUAUGAUCCUGCUACUGGAAAAUUCACUUGCAACGUUUCUGGGGUUUAUUAUUUUACCUACCACAUUACUGUUUACUCAAGGAAUGUAAGAGUAGCUCUAGUUAAAAAUGGGAUCAAGAUGCUGCACACUGUGGAUAAAUAUCAGGGUGCUGAGGAUCAGGCUUCAGGAGGUGCUAUCCUGGAACUGCAAGUGGGAGAUCAAGUAUGGUUGCAGGCCCAUGGAGGAGAGGUUUUUAAUGGAUUGUUAGCAGACCAGGAUGAUGAUACAACUUUUACUGGGUUUUUGUUGUUCAGUAACUCUGAGACAUUAGACCCAGUCUAAUGUAAAUCAACAUUUUAUUAUGCUGGCACUUGCAUAUAUUGUUGGGAAAUACUCGCCAACCUGAAUUUCAAAGUGUAUCUUAGGCAAUGAACACGCAAAACUUUAAACUGUUUUUAAAAAGAGCAAGGAAAGGACUGCUACUCUGGAACACAUAGGCUGUCACAAUUUUCCUGUAGCAAAACAAGUUUAGGUAAACUGCAGUAACUUCAGCCAGGAAUAAAACAAGGUUAACAUUGCAACAGUUUUGCUACACUUGUAUUGUUACAGAAGCCUGAAGGUGUAAUAGUUACAUCAUACCAGAUGAUAUCCAUAUAAUUUCAUAUUGAUACAAUUGUUACAUCUGUCUCAUCAUAGUGGCAAGCAAAGAGAAGUGCUUAACUGUAAACAAUAGUGCAACAACCUUCCUUACUCAUCAGUCAAGCAGUCCAGAUCAUACUGUGCCUGACUCCCUGUGAUCAGAGACCUAAGGAAGAAUUUCUUGCAUUUAAAAGCUUGUCUAACUUUAUCCCAACUACAUAGUUGAUAUUACCAUUAGAAAUCCUUGCCUUUUAGCAAUUCUGCAGAGAUUCAAUCCUAACGGUAGUUAUACAGCCAUUUAGUUAUAUAUAUUAUUGUUAUUCACAGCUUUUGUUUUAGAUUUUCAUGUUACAUUUUAAUGUCGCUAAACUAUGAAAAAACUACACUUAGAAGGCUCUGUCAUAAACUCAUGUAUCCUAGACACAUAGAGGCUUAUUAAAUAUUCUAAACUAU